UUGGCGGUUCCCCCCAAGGUCAUCGACCCCACGCUCGAUGCUCUCUUCUCCUCAAGCGCAGGACCAGCAAAACCUCUCCCCAAGUCGCGCUACUCUGGAUCACUCGCUUCCCGGCCACAAGAACCUGUCGAGGAAUCCGAUGAAGAAUCAGACCAGGCAUCGGACAAAAAUGACGACGAAGACGAGGAAUUGCCAGACGCGGAAGAAGCAGAAGACUCGGAAGAUGACUCUUCCGACAACGAAGACGCCGCGAUUGAGGAUCGACUUCUAGGCCCUCCCAGGAAGAACAAGGAUCGCAAGCGCAAGCGAGACGAGACCGACGAUGUUGAGGGAAAAUACCUAGACAAGUUGACGCGAUCAGAAGAAGCGGAACACCAAAAGGAGAAGCGCAGAAGGAGUGAGGCCAAAGCUGCGGAAAAGGAGCAGGCAUCUCAAGAUGAUAACAAUGAUCAAUCUGAUGACGAGCCUAUCCCCAUGCAUGAAAGCCUCGUCGCGAAACCCAAAGAGAAAGGAGCCAAGCAGCCUGACCUAGAGAUCGAGAAGGCGAACCGCACUGUUUUCCUCUCCAACGUCGCCACAAGCGCCAGCACGUCCAAGUCAGAUCGGCGCACACUCCUAAAACAUCUGUCUUCUGUUCUUGGAGAAUCCGAGAAGAUCGAGUCCAUUCGCUUCCGAUCUCUUCCCUUCUCGACCUUGACCAUGCCCAAGCGCGCCGCCUACAUCACCCAGGCCGUGAUGGAAGCCACCACCAAGUCGGCCAAUGCCUACGUCGUUUAUCCCACACCGGCCGCAGCCCGCAAAGCUGUCACCGAGCUCAACGGGACAGUCGUGCUUGACCGCCACGUUCGAGUGGACAGUGUCGCGCACCCUACGCCCAUCGAUCAUCGCCGGUGCGUCUUUGUCGGCAACUUGGGCUUCAUGGACGAUGAGACGGUGCUCGACCAGACGGCCGAGGGGGAGGUAAAGGAGCGCAAGCGGACCAAAGUCCCCGCCGACGUUGAAGAAGGUCUCUGGCGAACGUUUGGCAAGCAUGCAGGAAAGGUCGAGAACGUUCGCGUAGUGCGCGAUCCCAAGACUCGUGUGGGCAAGGGUUUUGCUUAUGUUCAGUUCUACGACAUCAACGACGUGGAAUCCGCCCUCCUCUUAAACGAGAAGAAAUUCCCCCCAUUGCUGCCUCGCACUCUCCGCGUCACUCGCGCCAAGGCCCUGCACAAGACCGCCCUCAUCCAGCAGCGUAAGAGCAAGCCCGCUGCGACCAUCAAGCGUGCCAAGCCCGACGGCGAGCAGAAAAGCGCAGCGUACAACCCCAAGGUGACGCCGGAGCAACUGUCCAUGGCUGGCCGCGCCGCCAAGCUGCUGGGCAGGUCCGGCGCCCUGCGCGGCAAGGGAGGCAAGGGAGGCAGCGACAUGGACCGGUCCGGAAAGCGGAAGCCCGGCCCCGCCAACGGGUCGGGCGUCGUGCCCAAGACGCCCGAGCAGAUCAUCUUCGAGGGUAGGCGGGCUAGCGAGAAGGACGGACGGCCGAGCGACCUGAAGCUAGGGAAGAAGGUCAAGAAGGGCCGCGUGGCCAAAUCCAAGGGCCGCACUGCUCGGUCGUCCUCGUGGAAACAGAAGGGCUCCAAGUGA